AUGUUCAGCUCCAAGAUCAGUGAAAUUCUUUUUCGCUUAGCUAUUCUGGGACCUCUGGUCACCACCAUUGAUGGCGAAGCAAAGUUCACCCUUCCCAAGAAUUUACUAUCACCGCCAACGGAUCCUGUUCGUCAUGCCACGGUCGACAUCCAAUGCGGGAACAACUACGGCACGUACCCAAUGGGCAAAGGUUGGGUCUCAUGCACAAAUUAUGGCGCAUGGCAAUACAGAUGUAAGGAAGAAUCGUGUUACGUUGGACAAGAUCGAACUAAGUUGGCUUCCAAGGAGCUCUACUUCUACGACUGCCAACGGCUAGGAAUUGAAGAACUUCUUCCAAGGAUACUGGCUGUGAGAUACAAAGCGGCAAACCUGGCUGGUGCCAUCGAAAUUAUGGAUACAAAUGGCCAGGAAUAUAGCUGCCGAUGGGUAAAGCCUACAGAUCCGGGGAACGUCAGAGCUUCCACCGCACUUGCACCACAUCCAUCUCGGGAAGCGACUGGGACUUGUGACCGUCAAACAUCAUCCAUCAGCAUGCAUGGCGUCAAGAGGAGCAAGGCGGCCAGUUCGCAGCCCAUACCAAUGACGGCCGAGGAAGACGCCCAGCUGGCUGAAUACAAGCAACUGAACCAACAGCUACUAGACCGACAUGCACGCAAAGGGUACUCGGAAUCGGACUCUCUCUCGCUGAGCACCAUGGUACUGAGGAUCAACCCCGAACAUGCAACCGCUUGGUCGUUUCGUAGACAUUGUCUGCUAGCCCUUCGCUCUCAAGCCGAUCCCGAUCAAGACAGUCAGGCAUUUGACCAUGCGCUCCGGGACGAGCUCCCACUGACACUGGCCUCCUUCCAGCGCAAUCCAAAGGCUUACCCGAUCUGGGAGCAUCGGAAGUGGGUUCUGGGCCAGAUGGCUGACGCAGACUGGCAGGCAGAGUUGGCCCUGCUUGAAAAGUUGUUUAAGCUCGAUGGCCGAAACUUCCACGCCUGGGACUAUCGGCGCUAUGUGAUUUCGAGAAUCAAGCAGAGCCAGCCCUCGGAGACGCUCGACGCCGAAGAACUGGCCUUUAGUGGACAGCAGAUCGAGGCGAACUUUUCCAACUUUUCUGCCUGGCACUAUCGCUCCAAACUCCUACAAUCCCAGCUGGAUCAGUACGACCAAGCUCAUGAUACGGAUGGUGGUCAGGAUCGAAAGAAGAAAGAAGACAUCUUGGUAGCCGAGUUGGAGUGGGUUCGCGGUGCGCUCUGGAUCGAUCCUAAUGACCAGAGCGCAUGGCUCUUCCACCGCUGGUUGCUGAGCCAAACACAAGACGAGCAGAUCCUGGCGGCCGAGCACGCCUCAAUCGCUGAGCUACUCGAAGUCGAGCCCGACGCCAAAUGGGCCAUCGCUGCUCUCAUCCGGGCUCGCCCCGCAGAGCAUGCCCACCUACUUGAACGUCUGAUCACGCUCGACCCGCUCCGCAGACAACGGUAUCUCGACCUUGUCCAGCCCAAUCCCAAGGCGGAUUGA